CUUUAUACUUGUAACAGGAACCCACGUCCUGUCUGUUGUUCAACUGACUCAAUCACAACAUUCACAAACAAACGCACGCAAUCCAUCAGCCCACCACUCAUUUAGAGUAUUACAACCUAAAACGGCCGGCCGUUGAUACCCCCCUCCACCAUGACUUCCCCCAAGCCCAUAACCUUCUACGACAUCGGCUCCGGCCCCUCCAGCAAGCCCUUCGCCCCCAACCCCUGGAAAGCCCGCUACGCACUGAACUUCUCCCGCGCCCCCUUCACCACCGUCUUCGUGCCCCUCCCGGACGUGGCCAAAACCCGCGCGUCGCUCAACCUCCCCCCCGUGCGCAAGCACCUCGACGGCAGCGACUUCCCCACGCUGCCCAUCAUCCACGACCACUCCACGUCCACCCUCGUCGGCGACUCCUUCGACAUCGCCCUGCACCUGCACGCCCACCACCCCUCCACCCCCCCUCUCUUCCCGCCCAACACCGUCGCCCUCCACCGCGCCUUCAACGCCCACGCCGACGCGCUCUUUACGGAGCACGGCGUGCCGCUGGCCGGGUACUGGCUGCCCUUCGACCCGGCGACGGCGGAGGCCUCGCGGAGGGAGAUGAUGGCGCGGUUUGGGCUCAAGUCGUGGGAGGACUUGAAGCUUGAGGGGGAGGCGAGGGCGGCGAAGAUGAAGGGGUUUGAGGAGGCGUUGGGGGGGUUGGCGGCGUGGUUUGUGAAGCGGGACGAGGGGCCUUUCCUGGAGGGGGCGACGCCGAUACUCGGAGGGAGGUAA